AUGUCGACCAGCGCGAGCCUGUCGCCCGGCGACAUUGUCCCGCUUCAAAACACUCAAGUUCCUGGUCCCUUACAGGAGAUCCGCCCACCGCCAGCAUACGUCGCACAAUCCGGGAUUGCACAAACGCUCGCAGACUUUCAUGGCCUGGUGGAAUUUUCUGAAUCGUCGAGGAGCCAACUGAAUAAUUUCCUCGAUUGGGUCCUAUACAAUGUGCUGCUCAAUGCCAGAUCAACGGGUCUGUGGGCAGUGCAGCCUGCCGUUACCGGCAUCCUGCAUACGGAUUCGUUUACCAACAUCGCGAGGGAGGAGGUAAAUGAUCUUCUGGGGUCGCACGAGCUGUCGGCUAGCGGGGAGCAGGAUGAAUCAAGACAAGAGGAUACUAUCGUUGAUAACGAUGAUUUGCUUCGACGAUUCAGGAGCACAAGAUCUCGGAUUGCGAUGUACAGUCGGCUGGGUCAGGUUGGAGAUGAUUCCGAUGACGAUGAUCGAACAGCAGAUCACUUCUCAGGCACAGUCUCAUGGGGCGUAGCAAUGUUUUUGACGGCUCUAUGUGAAGCGGUCUCUGACUCAAUAAUACGGACCGCAUACCAGAUUGCACAGAAGCGGGCUGGACUUAUCACCGCAGACGGCUCUCCUAUUCAGACUUCUCCUUUGUCCAAGUCCACAAAUAUCACGGUUGAGGACAACGACAUGGCACAGCUGGCAACGAGUACUUUGCUUGGUCAAGCGUGGAGGGACUGGCGAAAAGCAAUUCACGGUGCGAAGAACGGGUCAUCUCUGACAACCGACAACAUCUCCCUUAAAGCUCGAUCUCAGCGGGACAGCAUGACGAUCGCAUCCAGCACAGGGGGUGAUGAUCACGCCAGUUUCGGAACGGCACAUGAGAUGGACGAUCAUACCCCCACCGCCUCUCAUGCCGAUGAUGCAAGUCAAGACGACGCGGAGAGCGCUCAUGGAGACGAUGUUCCGGACGCAUCAUACCCCGAGCAUGUACUAGCCGCCAACAUUCCGUUGCCUAUGAUCGACAGCCAGCGCGAUAUUGACGAGAUCGAAGUUCCUGGUUUAGCGCGUGAUCCCAGCGACGACGAAUCCGAUGGCUUUCGCACUCCAAAGGAGCAUUUUAUCACGCACCGCCGCAGUUCAUCGGAUUUCAAACAUUCACUGAUAUUGCCAUAUCGCAUUGUCCGCCUCCGCUCGCGGUCAUUACCUACGCUACGCGAAAUUGCAACGGAAAAGAAAGAGUCGACAGAUGUCGUCGUUGGGGCAGCGGAGAGGCUGACGAAGCUGGUCGAUAAGGACACGACAGAGGACAGCGGCAGCCGGGCUCAUCAGGAAGAGAUCUACCUGGAAAACGGCGCCGCUUCCGAGGACGUAAUCACUGCAAGCCGGGAACCCUUGGAAAAGGGCGAUGAUGUUGCAUCGAAUACGCCCCAACAGGAGCCGGGUGCGGCCUCCAAGGACAAUCAGGGCUUAGUUGCGGGCGCUGUAGCUGGUGCGUCUGCUUUUGCGGCAGCGGCAGUGUCCUUCGUGUACGGGUCGGGUGGAGAAAAGGUGGGCGAUAAGCCCGUUCCUAAAGAGAAGGAGCCGCUAGUGGACAUUUUACCAGCUUCCGCUGCAGCCUUGACGUUCCGCGACGGAAGUAGAUCUUCAAUCAAGACAGAAGUGGUUUCUGAUGACCGCCUGAUAUCCAAUAAAUCCGAGCAGAAGAGCCCUGCGGAUCAGGUUCCGGAAGCCGAACAAUCGGAAGCGGUUGACGUGCACGCGGAUGAACGGAACGUGGAAAGUGCAGCAGUACCAAGGUCGGACGUGGGAGAAUCAAAAGCACGCGCGGCCCACGAGGAACAAGCAACGUCGAUAGUGCCCAUUGCCGACGCCGCAACUGCAACAAAUUUGGACAACACUGAAAGCGAUAGCGACAUGCUUAUCACUCGCAGAAACAUCGAGGAGCUGGAGAGGCAAAAGUACAGACUCUCAGUGAAGGGUAACAAGAGGACGGAAGAGAUCAAGGCAGCGGAGCCACGCACUAACUCACCUGAUCCAGUCGUACUGCCUGACUCGCCAGCUCGGCCAGAGUCCACCGCUAGUCAACAAAGCUUCUCACUAUUUCCCAAAACUACAGCUCCUGGCAAUGACCGCAACUCUGUGCAGUCAGUACAAUCGCAUAUGCGCGGAAGACGAAGCAUCACCACCGAAGUCCUUGAUGAAGACCUCCGCGAUGCUCGCCCUCAGUCCAUCGGUCUCGCGCAGACCGCAGAUUCCCCGGUUGCAGCACCACGCAGUGGACAGCAAACCCCUGAAGAUCAAAUGAUGACGAAGCAUACGGGCGCCGCAAAUCCACGACGAUACUCGCGCCUCAUACUCAGCAUGGACGAGGCGUCCCCAUCGUCAAAUGCGACUCACGCUUUGGAAAAUGACCUAGACGCAGAAGAUUCCUCAAACCGCAAAGUGUCCCCAGUAUCUUGGGAAGCCGAGAAGCCCUCCGCGUCGACAGAAACGCAACAAAGGGCCUCAAAUCGUCAAAGCGUGCCUGCAAAUGGGCUUCAACAACAAUCACAGGCCCCGGAGAAAUCCACCUGGCGACAAUCAUUUAGCGCAACGUUGGAUAGAAAUGGCACUUGGCCUUCAGGCAAGAAGUCAACGGAGGUAGUACCCGUUAUGCCAGUGCAGGAUCAUCCAGUCAUUCAGAAAUUGGCCGAUAAAAAGAACAUCAGCAAAACGAACAAGGACGAUGAAAGGUCAAAUCCACUUACAAGUGCGAGCAUCAGAGGCCCAGAAGAUUUCGACAUGUUCGUGCAAGGCGGAGAUAUGGUCAAGUACACACUGACCCCAGAAAACGUUCGAGGAGGCGUGUCACCCGAGCGGGAACGCACUUUGCCGCCGAAGGUCAGCAGCGAUAGUAUGGUAAAUGGGUCCGCUCAACGAGACGUCCAAUCGCAAGCAGGCGACGAUCGGUUGAGUCGCAGUCAGUCUGUCAAACGAGCAACUGCAUCCGCCAUCGAUGGCGUAGAAGACUCGCAGCAACAAACAGAAAACAUUACAAGCAAGGCCGACAAACGCCGAUCAAUCAGUCGCCCUCCUACCCGCAAUAAUAGCAUUCAUAGAAGGAGUGGCUUGUUCGCGCGCGAGCCGCAGGUGCAGACUGAUUCCACGCAAGAUUUCGCAGACUUCAUUCGAUCCACUGGUCCUGACAAAGACGGCAAGAGAAGUGAAGAGCAAACAAAAGAGUCGCAGAUUUACUCUCUUCCUAGUACGAAGCGUCGGUCGACAAUUUCACUGCAUUCGAUUCGGAACAGCUUCAGAGGGCGAUCGAAUUCCCGACCUUCAUCGCCAGGCGCUGCGUCCACUCGAAGUGCCACGAGGGCGCCUGUGCCAGGCGGCGAUGUCCCGCCAGUACCCUUGUUACCCGAAAAGCGAAAGUCGCUGGCUCCUCGUGACGCAAAGACAUCAAAGGCCGGCGCCUCGGACCUCAUUGAUUUCAUCCGCAACGGGCCCCGCGGCUCACGCGAACAUCGCAUCUCACGCUCAGUGGCACCAUUCCGGACAACCAUGGACUCUGACCAAUUGACAGAGUACGGCGAUCGCAUCGCUGCGGAUUCUGAGGCUGCAUCGACCAAAACUUCCAAGACCGAAAAACGAAAAUCCUGGGCCCGAUCGAUUUCAGGGCGAUCAUUGCGCAAGCUCAGUAUGCACGAGCCGAGCAACGCCGACAAGCUCGUCCAUCCCGCGCACAGCGGGCGACCGCAAAGUCUCAGCGGCCCGAUCAUACCUCCACCUCGGAAGUCAUCGAUACCGGCCGUGCCCACUUUGCGCGGGACCAAUUCCUCUACGGCUUUAAUUCCAGACAUUGCAUUCGAGGACGGAGAAGAUGACCCUCUCACUGCACUUCCAAGGCCUCGUCGGACCGAGGAGAGCAUGGUAGACUUCCUUCGCACCACAGGGCCGCCUCAGGAUCGACCGUUGCCAAACGGCGCCGGCGCGCCUUCGCACUCCGACACCGCCUUACCGGUCCUCAACACCCACGGAGCCGAUGCCGUAAGUGUGGCGAAACGAGGGGUCGACCGAGACGACAACACACUCUCCGCACUUCCACAGCCUCCGCGAACCGUCUCGGAUAUGCUUCAGGAUGCCGCCCCUGGAGCCACAGCUGCCGCGAUCGCCGCGACCAACAACGAUACGCCCUCUGCUCUCCCAGCAGCCGUAAAUCGCACCAAGUCUACGCCACAGACCCCGCUCUCGAUCAACAGCCGCAACAGUAAGGCCACGGGUGCCACCACACUCGCAGGUUCCGAAGGCAAGCGGAAAUGGUGGGCGAUCUUUACGCCCAAGAGUCGUCUUGCACGCGACUCAGCGCGCCGAGAGGCCAAAUCGGCUUAUUUGGACAUGUGA